AUGUCAAACCGGCUUCCACGCGAUCUUUGGACUGAAAUCCUGGUAAGCCUUCCUGUGAAAUCUCUUUUACGAUUCCGAUGUGUUUGUAAAUCAUGGAAAUCCUUGAUCUCUACUCCUACGUUUAUUUCCAUGCACACCCAACAUGGUGAAAGCACCGGCAAUUACACCCACCUUUUACAUUGUGAUCGAAGAUAUGAAGACAGAUGGUCGCAAUACCAAUUACUCCAUAUCGAUGCUUCAUUUAGUGAGUUUCAAGAACUUGCAUAUCCACCCCAAAUUAGAGACAGAGAUUAUCAAGUCCUUGAUUGCAAGGGAUUAAUACUUUUUACGACUAGUAAUAGUUUGGAGUCCCUAAUUCUUUGGAACCCUGCAACUAGAAUGUCUAUGUUGACUCUCCCUCAAGCUUGCAUUUAUGUACCCAUCCACCGCAGCAAAUAUUUUGUUUACGGGUUCGGUUUUGACCAUACAAGUAAUGAUUACAAGGUUCUGAGAAUGGUGUUUGGUACAUACAUAUUUCCACGAGCCCAACUUUAUAAACUCCGCACACGCGCUUGGGAGACUUUUAGGAUUGCCGACGAUUUUCAGUAUUCUAUAGUUGAGGGUAAUUCACAGGCUCUAGUGAAUGGGGCAAGCCACUGGAUUGGAUAUCAUUCCAGUUUUAUCAAGCCCGAAUAUUCUGAUGAAUUGGUGGUUGUGUUGUUUGAUAUGUGUGAUGAGAAACUCCGAGUGAUGAAGCUUCCGUAUAGUGUAACUAGCUAUAGUAUGGACACCGAUAAUAGUCGCCUUGGGAUUUCUAGUGGAUUGCUUUGUUUAAUGGAGCACAACCCACGUAGAAAUGAUUAUUGGAACUGGAACGUUUGGUUGAUGAAGGAAUAUGGCAUAGUAGAGUCUUGGAGUAAACAAUUUACUAUUGGUGCAAAUGGUUAUGGCUUGUUCAGUUUUAGGAACAACGAAAAGAUUUUAGUGCAAAAGCCAGAAAAAUUUGUCUUAUAUGAUCUCAAGACCCAUAGAUUCAUUAGUCUGGGAGGAAUUAAAGCCAAGGGAUUUGUUUUUGCCACGAAUACUUUCGUUGAAAGUCUUGUUUUAUUCAAUGGACCGGAAGAACACGCCAGAAUUGUUUAA